AACAAGUUAGCAUAUUAAAAUUCUAGAAAACAUAAUGAAGAGAAUGAGAAUCAAAGUCUACAGUAAAGGAAGACCAACUCCCAGACAGAGCUCACAGGUUUUGGCAGAGGGGAGGAGACCGAAGAAGGUAGCUAGCAACAAGAACCAAGUGAAAUUUGAUUUUUCUCACAUGAAAUGAAGAAGUCCUCCAACUACUCAAAAGGAAUUACCAUCUAUCAAUUUUAUACCUUCCAGAAAACCCAAGAGCUGCCUAAAAGUAACGAAUCCAAAUGCAGCUAACUUUUCGUCAGAAACAACUUCAAAUUUGUCAGACUCGGUAGAUAAAUUGCAGCUUCCCCACGUAAAGAAGGUGACUCAAGCUUCCAAAUUCAAGCAGUUGCUAAGCAGUGAUCCUGAUCUGUCAUUAUCUAAUGUGAUGGACGAAUCCGACAGUGUUUCAAACUUUUCAGAUUCGUGAAAUGAUGAUAUUCUUCAGAUGAGUGAAUCUGAAAGCCUCCAUCUCAACAACAUGCUGAAGAAGAAAAGUAAAGGAACUUCGGAAAUUCUCAGCAUGAUUUUUGAUAACAACUAUGAGCAUAAUAAAAAAUCGAAACUUACUGGUACUCUGUUGCAGGAUAGAUAUGAGAGCAUUAGGGAUGCACCAAAAGAAAAUGUAGUCAAAAUGGGUUGAGAAGAAUUAUCAAGCUCUAACAUUCCAUUUGAAAAGAAUUUGCUGAUCGAUAAAGACAGUAUGAAGGAAAUAGUCAAGCGGUCAACAAAGAAUCUGAAAGACUUCGAUCAGCUUGAAGGAGAUAACUCAAAACCAUAUAAAAAAAGCAAAUUCAAAACAAGUAAAACCAACAAGACAAAUUCUUAAUUUUA